AGCGUUGCUUUGGCACUAAACGCUUCGUCCGCAUUUUAAAUGAACAAUACUGGUUUAUCACGCGCUACUUCGCCUAAGUUCCGUCACGUGAUACUUCAUGUGAUUUCUGUCACGUGGCCGGAAGUGUAACUAACUGUCGCAACAGCAAAAGGGAAGUCCGCGUCCCAUACAGCUGUCCGGCGGCGGAACCUUAGUGGCCAGUGGACCGGCUGUUUGAGCGCCGGACCGUGGGACUCUUCGCGGGAGAAGUUCACCCCGUCGCCGUCAUGUUGGCCGCAUUCGCCGUCCUUGCGCUGGUUUCUCAAACGGCGGCUCGGUACUCCGCGGACUGGACGAGCCUGGACGCCAGGCCGCUGCCCCCGUGGUACGACGAAGCCAAGGUGGGCGUCUUCGUCCACUGGGGGGUGUUUUCUGUCCCCGGGUUCGGCAGCGAGUGGUUUUGGUGGCACUGGCAGGGCCAGCAGCCCCCAGAGCAGAAGUGUGUUAGCUACAUGUCCAAGAACUACCCCCCCGGCUUCAGCUACCCGGAGUUUGCGCCCUUGUUUCACGCAGAGUUCUUCUCCCCGGGGUACUGGGCGGACAUCUUCAAGGCUUCCGGGGCAAAAUAUGUCGUCCUGACCGCCAAACAUCACGAGGGAUUCACCAACUGGGGGUCCCCGUACUCCUGGAACUGGAACUCCGAGGACACUGGUCCUCACAGAGACCUGGUGGGGGACCUGGGGGAGGCCGUGCGCAACAGGUCCCUGCACUACGGACUCUACAACUCCUUGUAUGAAUGGUUCCACCCUCUUUACCUGGCUGACAAGAAGAAUGGCUUCAAAACGCAGCAGUUUGUGGUGCACAAACUGCUACCAGAGCUUUACAACAUGGUUGUGAGGUACAGACCUGAGUUGAUCUGGUCCGAUGGGGACUGGGAAGCACCUGACACCUACUGGAACUCCACCGAUUUCCUGGCUUGGCUCUACAACGACAGCCCGGUCAAAGAUACUGUUGUGACCAACGACAGAUGGGGAGCUGGAUGUGCCUGCAAACACGGCGGCUACUUCAACUGCGAAGACAAGUACACUCCGGGUCAGCCGCCCCAGCACAAAUGGGAGAAGUGCACGUCUGUGGACACGUUGUCCUGGGGUUACCGGCGAAACAUGAAGCUGAGCGAGCUGAUGGACUUGCCCGCUAUCAUAGAGGAUCUUGUUCGCACGGUGGCCCUGGGAGGUAACUACCUUCUGAACGUGGGUCCCACACCUGACGGGAUGAUCCCUCCAGUGUUUGAGGAGAGACUCAAGGGUGUUGGCGCCUGGUUGAAGAUCAACGGGGAGGCGAUAUACGCCUCCAAACCCUGGAGGGUCCAGGCUGACAACACUACUGUCCCAGUGUGGUAUACAUCUAAUGGCACCACUGUCUACGCCAUCAUGACAGCCAAACCUCCCAGGCUCACAUUGCAACUAUUGGCACCCAAAACAUCAGAAGCCACUAAGGUGACCCUGUUGGGGACUUCAAACCCCCUCCCAUGGGCCCCGGUCCAGCCCGGGGCUGGCCUCACUGUUCUGCUCCCUGAACUGCCCUCUUCCCCCGGUCAGGCCUGGACACUCAAACUGGACGGUGUCGAGUAAAGCCUAAAACCCCCCAAAUGUCCAAGCCCGACGAGAUUGACUAAUUGGGAAUUUGGCCAUCUCAGGUUGUGAUUAUGUUUGCGGGAUAUUGAGGGACAGCGCUUGUGUAAUGGAUGGGUUAGUAUCUGGGCCAAAAUUAACCACUGCUCUUCAGUUAUGUCUCUAUAGCUCUGAGGAAUGGUCAUGAAACAAUUAAUUUUCCUGCAGGCAUGUUGAAAUAGUGAAUACACAUACAAUGCACUUUUUUACUGAAUGCUUCUUGAAUAAAAGAUGAUUUUUCUCAUGAA